AUGGGUUACCUUGAAGACGAAGAUAAGAAGUACUGGGAUGAGGUCGCCGCUGUCAAGAACUGGUGGAAAGACUCCCGAUGGAGGUACACCAAGCGCCCCUUUACUGCUGAGCAGAUUGUGGCCAAGCGUGGAAAUCUGAAGAUCGACUACCCUUCAAAUGUCCAGGCGAAGAAACUGUGGGGGAUUGUGGAGCGCAAUUUCAAGAACAAAGAAGCUAGUUUCACCUAUGGCUGUCUCGAUCCCACAAUGGUCACUCAAAUGGCCAAGUACCUCGACACCGUCUAUGUAUCCGGCUGGCAAAGUUCCUCCACUGCCUCCUCAACCGACGAACCCUCCCCCGAUCUUGCAGACUACCCUAUGAACACCGUCCCCAACAAGGUCAACCAUCUCUGGAUGGCCCAGCUCUUCCACGACCGGAAACAGCGCGAAGAGCGCAUGACUACCCCCAAGAACCAGCGUGACAAGGUCGCCAACGUUGACUACUUGCGCCCCAUCAUUGCCGAUGCUGACACCGGUCACGGUGGUCUUACCGCUGUGAUGAAGUUGACCAAGCUGUUCGUGGAGCGCGGUGCCGCUGGUAUUCACAUUGAGGACCAGGCUCCUGGUACCAAGAAGUGCGGCCACAUGGCUGGAAAGGUGCUUGUGCCCAUCAGCGAACACAUCAACCGCCUUGUGGCCAUCCGUGCCCAGGCCGACAUCAUGGGCACUGACCUGCUCGCCAUUGCCCGUACCGACUCCGAGGCCGCCACCCUCAUCACCUCCACCAUCGACCACCGCGACCACGCCUUCAUCAUCGGCUCCACCAACCCCGACAUCCAACCCCUCAACGAGCUCAUGGUCAUCGCUGAACAUGCCGGCAAGAAUGGCGCAGAGCUCCAAGCCAUUGAAGACGAAUGGCUCACCAAGGCCGGCCUGAAGCUCUUCGACGAGGCCGUCGUCGACGUCAUUAACAAGAGCCCCCUCCCAAACAAGAAAUCCGCCAUCGAAAAAUACCUCUCCCAAUCAAAGGGCAAAUCCAACCCUGAAGCCCGCGCUAUUGCCAAGGAAAUCGCCGGUACAGAUAUCUACUUCGACUGGGAAGCCCCCCGCACCCGCGAGGGCUUCUACCGCUACCAGGGCGGCACGCAGUGCGCCGUCAACCGCGCCGUCGCAUACGCUCCCUUCGCCGACCUCAUCUGGAUGGAGAGCAAGCUGCCCGACUACAACCAGGCCAAGGAGUUCGCCGAUGGCGUCCACGCCGUCUGGCCCGAGCAGAAGCUCGCCUACAACCUAUCCCCAUCCUUCAACUGGAAGAAGGCCAUGCCCCGCGACGAGCAGGAGACCUACAUCAAGCGCCUCGGCGCCCUCGGCUACUCCUGGCAGUUCAUCACCCUUGCCGGUCUGCAUACCACUGCACUCAUCUCAGAUACCUUCGCCAAGGCGUACAGCCAGCAGGGUAUGCGUGCGUACGGCGAACUUGUGCAGGAGCCUGAGAUGGAGAACAAGGUUGAUGUCGUCACGCAUCAGAAGUGGUCUGGUGCUAACUAUGUUGAUAACAUGCUCAAGAUGGUUACUGGUGGUGUGAGCAGUACGGCGGCGAUGGGCAAGGGUGUAACGGAAGACCAGUUCAAGUCAUGA